ACACAGAAUUCAGCAGUGAACAUAGGAGAUUUCAAUGAACUGUGCAACCAGUGUCAAAAGAAUAGUUUGUCUAAAGCUCUCCUGUUUGCUCAGCGUGCAGUCUUGCUAGGAACUGAACAGGGACAGAAGAAUGAACAGCAGAAAUUACUGGAGGAUGCUGUCAACCUUAUACAGCGCGUUCAAAUGGAAGAGAAAAAAAUUUUGCUUAGCAGCAUAGAUACCACCAAGCCAGUGGUGAAAAGACAAGUCCCACCACCCCCUCUUCUUGUUUGUCGUACAGACACUUUCAUGGUGUUCAAACCUGCACCUUUUGAGCCAGAAUCAGGAGAAAAGGUGGCCUGGUAUCGCAUCUUUGCCAGAAGUGUUUCACAAAUGAAUGUCAAAGUUAGACUCACUGACAACAGUUUUCCUGGCACAGGGGAUGAGGUUCCUUCAAGCCACUGUGUGAUGAAAGUGGAAAGCCUUGAACCAGACAAGCGCUAUGUGUUUGCUGUGGCUGCAUAUACUGCUGAUGGCAAGUUAAUUGGAGACCAUAUAGGGGAGACAACAAAAUCUUUCUUGGCUUCACACCCACUUCCUGUGCUUAUGACUUGGGCAUGUGUUUGUCAGAUGGCCUACCAGAGUGGAUGCUACAGCAUAUCAAACCAAGCUUUUCAUGUGUUGUGGGAUUACUUUGUGACAAAGCCAAACACUUCUUGUGAUGCCUCAUACAUUACCAGUCCAAAAAAGGAUUUCAGAAUAUCCCUGCUCAGGCUGAAUAAAGAGGUUGUGAGCUUGUCAUCGCCAAUCCUCUUGCGGCUGUUGCUUGCUGGUAUCUUCAUCAAUUCUGACAUUGCAGUCAAGGAAGGGCAACUAUUCUGUGAUGUUGUCUGUGAGAAGGGACAGUGCGAGCGACUUCUGGUGGCUAUUGAGUUGGCUUGUUGGCUUAAUGAGGCCAACCUGGUACUUCAGGCUGUGGUUCAGAUUUAUGGUCUGCUGGCUCCCAUUUUGUACCAUAAGCUUGCAGUAACUUCUGUUGUACAGCUUCUUCACAGAUGCCAUCUAGUUUUGAAGGAGAUCCCUCAAGAUCUAAUACAUAAGCGACAAAGUUCUGUUUCACACAGUCUUCGACACAUGAUUGCUUGUAGCACAUAUUAUGUGGCUAAGGUUUUAAAGACACGGGGACAGUAUGACAUCGCAACUGGCACUGUUGAAAUUGGAAGAUAUUUGCUUGGAGCUGACACAGCAGAGGAAAGAGGAGCUAUAUCAGAGGAUCUGCGAGAAAGUUCUGGCAAUGACAGUGAUCUGCUCGGCAAUGAAGACUCUAAAUUAGUUCAUGCUCAUAUCUCCUGCCUGCCAAGUGCCAUUGCUUUCAAAGAAGUUGAGAAAUUCAAGUCAAGGCCAAACUACAUGGAACUUCUCGUCCGAGUGUCACAGAAAGGUCUAGCAGAAGGUUUGGCUGACCAGGUAUUACAAUGGAGUGAUGAUGGAAUCAAAUGGCAAACUAAACGGGCGUUUGAAACUAUUGGCAACUUCACUUUCAUGAACAAAUAUCAAACUGCCAUGAGUAUCACAGGAAAUGAUCCCAAAAAGUUUGCUGCUGCCAUGGUUGAGUACAAGAAAGAUGGUAAGGGAAAUAAAAUCGAGAAAGCUGCUGCAAGCAAGUCAACUGAAAAGAAAAGACAGAAAUAUAAGCCCCUUCGUGUGACAACAAGCAUGUCUGACAUUGCACAACAGCAGCAGGAGGAAGCAGAACUAAAGGCCCUGGACAUCCUAAACCUUCAUUUGGUGGACUUAUAUAAGGCAAGGCUCAACAGAUGGAAGUGGAGACAAAUGGUUGCUUCUGACAUGCCCUGGAGAAGUCAGGUGAACAUCAUCCAAGGACUGUGCCAUCUGAAUCUCUUGCUGAUGAAGAUCAGGAACAGGGAGACAAUUAUCGGGUCCUCAGUGUACAGAACAAGCUAUUUAGAUCACGAAUGGUUUACACUGGAGACAGUUGGAGUGAUGGUAGCUGGCUGGAUUGGUGGCCCUUCAAAGUCCCUUCCUGGCCUGGACACAGACAACAGGCUUGAAGAUCUGGAAUUUCACCAGGCUCGGUUACACGAGAGAAUGUUGGAGAAGCAGACGACCUCACUCAUUGAGUAUGCUGCUGCAGAAGUCACAGAGCAAGUAGUACCAGUGGUGAUUUCAAAGGCUCCGGAAAUUGAAGAGACACCCCGCACGGCCAGGUCUGACAAAUCUCAUGUUCUGGCUGAGACCAAACAUGAAACUGACCUUCUAACAGCUGGUGCUACCAUGAAAAUAUUGACAAAUAUGUUCUCUUGUUUCAGAAGAGCUGUGGUGUUAGCUCAUAGAGGAAAGCACUGGACAUUGCUUCAGAAUGCUAGCCGCACAAUGUGGAACUGCACCCAUACAGUACUUCUACAUGCAUGUGCAGUUGACCACAGUUCUGGGGACCAUGGAUUACUGACCGUUGAUUUACUUCAGUCCAUCUUGUGGCAGCCAUUUUAUGCAGCUUCUGACUGCCUGCUGGAUAUGAUGGUUGUCUUACAGGAUUCGCUUGAGAAGCAGGCAUCGAGG